CAAACAAAAGCAAAGCAAAGGAGCGGAGAGAGGAGAGGUGACCUGGCCGAAGCGACAUGUUUGGCAUGAUCAAGAAUUCGCUCUUCGGAAACACCGAGGAGACGGAAUAUAAACUGCUCAGCAGCGAGACGAAGGAUGGAGUGAGCUUUGAGGUGCGGCGAUACGACGCCGCCAAAUUCGCUGUUGUCUCCUCUGAGGGACGAAGUUUUGACCAAGUGACCGGGGAGCUGGUGAGGAAGCUGCUCAUGUACAUCGGAGGGAGCAAUGAACAAGGUGAGGCCAUGGGAACAGCAGCUCCCAUCAUCAUCACAGUCUACCCCCGGAAUGACGGUGUUCUGUCUCGCCGGUUGGUGGUCGGCAUCCGUAUCCCCUCCAUCUACCAGCAAAGCCCCCCGACUCCCACCGACAGUGCCAUCAGGAUUGAGGAGCGGCCCGGCAUGACUGUCUAUGCUCUGCAGUUUGGAGGCUUCGCAGGGGAGAGUGAGUACCGAGCAGAGGCCUUGCGUUUGACGCGCACCCUGGGUGAGACGGCGCCCUUCCAGCGCAAGCAGUACUUCUGCUGUAGCUACGACCCACCACUCAAGCCUUACGGACGCCGCAAUGAGGUGUGGUUUCUACAGGACGAGCCGUAGGAGCCGUAGGGUCGCAGUCAAAUCUCAUGCUGAAGUCUUUAUCCAACCUUAAUGACCCUCUCACACCUGACAGUCCUGUAGCUCUCACAGUGUUUGAAUGGUAAGAACGAUACGGUGACCUGAUAGGCCUUUGAACACAGACAGAGAUUACCCAUGUUGCCUUUACCCAUCUAAUCUUCUGCUUGUCACACAUAAAGUAUAGAUGCCACACUGAUGUUAAGUGCUCAAGCAACGGGGCAAUGUAGAAUUCAACAUCAGUGCAGUAGCAUUCUCUCAUUUCACUACUACUUCUUCUGUAUUUUUGUUUCUAAUUUAAAGUCACCCUUGUAGCUCAGACGCAGAACGUAGUGUUGUAAGCCAAGGGAAACAGGUCUUAAAGAAAGUACUUGGUACGCUACUGAGACUGUUGUCCAGGUGUGAAACGGAGAGUAACUCAGUGAAUAAUCUGUAGUUAAAUACAACUGAAUACAACUGAUUUUUUUUUUUGCAUUCCUCUGAGAAUUACAUGUUUGUCCUUAAGGGUAGAUAAGGUCCCUGUAGAGCUCCCAUCUCCCUGAAGAACACACAGUAGGGCUUUGCACAUCUUUAAUCUAGUUUACAAUAUAGUGAUGGCUACAGAGAUAUGUAUAGAAUUUAACAUUAGAAACAUGGUAGUAAGAAGCACACAUCCUUUUCCUGAGUCAGGAACUGGAGCGCAACAGGAGUUGAGCCAUAAAGUAGAACUAGUCUUUAAGAGUUAACGGGUGGACAGCCGUGAGUGGAAAACUAGCUAGCUAGCUAUUGGUGUUGUUGUAAACUUUGUGAUUAUAUGUUGAUCCAUGAAGCGUUUGUGUGUAGUGAAUAUUUUUGUGUUUUAGUGCAUGACAAUGCCAUCUUUAUUUAUUCAGACUCUUGAAACGGUGUUACGCGAUACAUCUGUACAGUGUGAUUUUCUGUGAUAAGAGUGACUAUAAUGUUCAGGUUCGAUCGUGUUUCAUAACAUAAUAAACAUGUUUAGUUUGAGUGGAUAAUUC